AUGAGCUCACCAGAGAGAGACUCUCCCAGGGAGUCAGAAGCUAUCUGGCAUCCUGCUCGUGAAUGGCUCGAAGAAGAUGAGCUGGACGCAGACUACCACCCCGCACUAGAGCCGUCCGACGGUGACGAAUGGGAAGAUGACAUGCCAAAUGAGGACGAAGAACUGAAUCUCGGAGUCGCAGAUGACGCUCCUCGUAUCAAUAUCGGAAACAUACAGAUAGAGCUCACAGCAGAUGACGUGGAGGGCGGGGGACCGGGGGAUCCGAAUGGAGGACAUACAAGAAUUCCGGCAUCACGGCUUUUCGAAUUACUUGCUUCCAGCGGGUUACAAGACAUUCUCAGUUCUAACGGGUGGCCUGUUCCGCUAGAAGAUCAAGCACAACUGGAGCUAGAAAUGGAAGAGGAGGAGGAGGAGAGCGAUGAGGACUAUGUACCCAUAUUUCGAAAUCGCCUUAGGGCAAGACGGCUCGCAGAACCCGCGAAACUUCCCCCAGUCCCCAAUCCAGAGGGCGUGAAACUGAUGGGACAGGGUGACUUCGGAACUAAUCAAUAUUAUGUGGAUCGGCUGAAAAAGCGCAAGAGAGGUCUUACAGCAGGUUUGAUAUGGCGGGAAAUGGGCAUCGAUAAUCAUGGAGUCCAAAAAAGAGCUGAUCAAUCUAUAUCCCAGGGCUUGAUUCCAAGCUCGACUGCAGACAGAAUUAUUCACUAUGACUCGCGAAGUUAUUCGGGCCAAUUUUCGGAUGACGGUAAUUUCUUUUUCAGCUGCGCUCAAGACUUCAAGGUUCGAAUGUAUGACACUUCGAAUCCAUAUGAUUGGAAAUAUUACAAAACGGUUGACUAUCCAUUUGGCCAAUGGACAAUCACCGAUGCGACAUUAAGCCCCGACAACCGAUUCCUUGUGUACAGCUCUAUAAGAAGCCAAGCAUACAUGGCCUCAACAGACCCCGAGGAUGACGCGGACCCCAGUGUCCUAGAUUUCUCUGCAGUACCAGGCCAAGGAAGGCGACGGGGCUUUGGCACUUCACACUUUGGAAUAUGGUCUCUUCGAUUCUCUGGAGAUGGACGUGAGGUUGUCGCCGGUACAUCAGAAGACUCGGUUAUAGUUUAUGAUCUGGAAACGAAACAGCCUGUUUUGAAUCUGCGAGACCGACAUCAGCAUCAUGUCAAUGCUGUGUGCUACGGCGAUACUUCAUCACCGCAUAUCCUCUACUCCGGAUCAGACGACACAACCCUCCGAGUCUGGGAUCGACGUUCAAUGGGCGAUGGUCGCGAAGCCGGUGCUUUCAUGGGCCACACAGAGGGGUUGACAUAUGUCGACAGCAAAGGCGAUGGCCGAUACGUCUUAUCCAACAGCAAAGAUCAAACAAUGAGGCUCUGGGAUCUGCGGAAAAUGAUGACGUCCGCUGAUAUCGAGAACAUCGACCCGACAGACUAUACAACCGGAUUCGACUACCGAUUCGAGCCAUAUCCAGAGGUUUACCGCAGAAACGCCAAGAGUGACUGCUCGGUCGUGACCUUCCAGGGCCACCAUGUGCUCAAGACCUUGAUCCGCUGUCAUUUCUCCCCGCCUGGUAGCACGAAUUCGCGUUACGUAUACAGCGGUAGCGAGGAUGGCCAAGUUUACGUGUACAAUAUGGAUGCCACGCUUGCCGGGACGAUCAAUGUCGGACAAGCAACCAUCAACUCUCGACCACGAGAUCCAGAUGCGUAUGCGACGGCGUAUGAGAUGAGUGGGGAGAUGCUCUGGCGGACUUGCGUCCGAGAUGCAAGCUGGCAUCCCAACACACCAGUUCUAGCAGCAACUUCUUGGAAUGGCUGGGGCUUGUCGACCGGCACAUGUACCGUACACUCCUGGAAUGCUGGUGCUACUGACGAUGAAGGAGAUCCUCCAGUGGGCAAAAGCUAUGAUGAUAAGUUGCGAUAUGUUCCCGAGUUCAACGAUUACCGAGACAACGCUGCUUCAAGGCAUUCCCGACGUCCGUUGCGGAGCCGGCCUGUCCGCCGCUGGGAGAUCCAUGAGGAGGGGGAGGAAGAUAUAUGGUGA